GCCUCAGGCAGUGGUACGGGGGUCGGUUGCUGGCGGGUGGAGGUUUGUUGGCCCGGUGCUUGGUUUAGGCUGACUCCCUGUGGGUUCAGGCUGUCACCCGAAGUCACAGCAAAGGAUAUCCUCGAGGGGUCAGUACAGACAGUGUCACCAUGUCAGUGUGGAGCAAACGUGGGACAUACAACCAAGAGUACUACCACAAACAGAGCCAAUAUGUGGUUAAGGAAUACAGCAGCUCUGUAAAGAUGGAGGAACGAUAUGAGCAUAAAAAACAAUCACGCAUCCAGGAAGUGGUCACCACAAAGAUGAAGGAGAAAUAUGUGCGUGAGGAGCCAAUGAUCAGGGGACCAAGCUUUGUGGUCCGACUCAGGUCCCACACUGUGUAUGAAAACACUCCCAUCAAACUCUUCUGUACUGUGGAGGGCUUUCCCUUACCAUUGGUCAAAUGGUACAAAGAUGGUGUGAUUUUGGACAUUUCCUCUGGAAGGUAUCUAGUAACAUCCAAAGGUGGAAGCCACGCCCUGGAGAUUCCCAGAUGCACGACUGACGAUACAGCCAUGUACACAGCAGUUGCUGGAAACCUCCACGGCCAGGUCUCCACUCAGGCCUCUGUCAUUGUCAAGAGAUACAGGGAGGAGGAUGAGAGCUGCUCCUAUGCCUGGCUGCCUUUCACAGCUGGUAUGCUCCCUGAGGUCCAGUACACCAAAAUCAACAUCUCUUUUGUGGAGAAGUUUGAACCUGUGUUCGCAUCCGAGGGAGGAUCUGCCUCCUUGUCUGCCUCCAUGGUCCUGGAGCCCAACCUGGCCAACCUGCAGCCAGAGGCUCAGUGGUAUAGAGACGACGUUCGUCUCUUUGACUCUAAGUGGGUGAAGAUUGAAACUGGCAGAGGAUUCACCAAACUGACGAUCCCUAACCUGUACAAAGAUGAUGAAGGAGUGUACACACUACGCAUGGUAACCAAGGGAGGCAUUGCAGAGCACAGAGCUUUUGUCUCUGUUGCAGAUGGUCCUCCCCCUGUUCCCAAUGCCCCUGGUGCUCCCAUGGACCUCAGGAUCCAUGAUGCCAAUAGAGACUAUGUCAUUGUGUCAUGGAAGCCACCAAACACCACCACAGAGGGUCCAAUCCUGGGAUACUUUGUGGACAAAUGUGAGGUCGGAACAGAGAACUGGACGCAGUGCAAUGACCAUCCCAUUAAGAUCUGUAAAUACCCAGUGUCCGGGCUGUUUGAGAGUCACUCUUACUACUUCAGAGUCAGAGCAGUUAACUCUCAUGGUAUUAGCAAACCAUCCCGCAUAUCUGACCCAAUUGCUGCUCUGGAUCCCACUGAGUUUGAGAGGCUUCAUGCCAAAAAGCUUGGAGGAAACCUGGAUGUAGUGUCUUACCAUGAUGUAGUUGAAGAGGAAGGGAAGCCUCCAGGAGCUCCAUCCGGAAUCCGUGUCUCAGAAAUAGACAGAACCUACGUGGUUCUCAGCUGGAAAGCUCCGGCCUACGGUGGCAAAGCUCCAAUGUGGUACUACAUUGAAAAGUGUUUGGCUAACAGUGAGGCCUGGCAGCGUGUCAACACUCAGGUUCCCGUUCGAUCCCCACGUUAUGCUGUCUUUGACCUGGCUGAGGGCACAGAGUAUAAGUUUAGAGUGUUGUCAGCUAAUAUCCAUGGAACCAGUGCACCGUCGGAGCCGACACGACCCAUCACGACUCAGCAAAUUAAAGGUGUGCCAUCAGCUCCUGGACAGGUAGUUGCCACAAGGCAAACCGACACCUCUGUCCUCAUCCAGUGGGCUGCUCCGAAGGAACCAAACAAUCUGAUUGGCUAUUACAUUGACCAGUGUGUCAAAGGUUCCAAGGACUGGACUUCUUCCAAUCACAAACCUCGCAAGGAGACCAGGUUUGUGGUAAGUGGUCUGACCACUGGUGAAUCCUACGUGUUCCGUGUCCAGGCUAUCAAUGAGAUUGGUCUCAGUGAUGAGUCCCAGGAGUCUUCUCCUCUGAGUGUCAAGGCAGCCCUCACCACUCCCUCUGCUCCUUAUAAUAUUGCUCUGAUCAACUGUGAUGGUACUUCAAUGGUCCUGAGCUGGAAGAAGCCUCUUCAGUCUGGAGGAGCACCGAUCAAGGAGUACUAUGUGGACAAGAGACGCAGCGGGACAUCCAUGUGGAGGGAGGUCCAUAUCCCUCCACUGUCUGAGAGACUUUACAGGGUGGGGGGUCUGACUGAGGGGGGAGUCUAUCAGUUCCAGGUUUACGCCGCUAACCUGGCUGGUCUUGGACCAGCAUCCAAACAUUCAGCUGACUUCACCUGUGAGGCCUGGACCUUCCCUGAGCCCGGUCCAGCCUAUGACCUGACUUUCUGUGAAGUCAGAGAUGAUUCUUUUGUGGUUGAAUGGCAAAAGCCUCUGUACACUGGUUCUGGACCAAUCACAGGCUACCACGUUGAGUACGCCAAGACAGGCACUUCAGACUGGGUCACAUUCAACGAAACAACCACCACUAACCAUUUCCUGAAGGUGACAGGGCUGGAAGUGGGCAGCACCUACAUCGCAAGGGUGAGACCAGUCAAUGCUGCAGGUGUAGGAAUGGCUUCAAUGACGUCUGAUUCUGUGACAACCAAGGCUGUAGAAGGCCUGAAGGAGGUCUCCUGUGUGGUGGACGAGAAGACUGGUGAUAUUGUCUUUUCAUUCGAGUCUUGCCAAAUGAACUUUGGCUCCAAGUUCGUUUGGAAGAAGGAUUAUAUGGAAAUAACAGAUUUCUCCAAAGGAGUGGAGAUUAAGACUGAAGCAACACGUAUUUCCAAGCUGAUCUUCAAGAACCCAGACAAAGAUGACUUUGGAACCUUCUCUGUUGCUGUCACCAACACUUCUGGAAUCUCCUCCAGCUACUCCAUCACUGCUGAAGAGUUGGUGAAGAUGCUGGCCCUCAGCCAUGACAUCAGACAUCCAAUCAUCCCACUGAAGUCGGAGCUGUCCUACAAGAUUUUGGAGAGAGGAAGAAUGAGAUUCUGGCUGCAAGCCGAGGAGAUUUCUUCCAAUGUCACGUACAAAUUCUUUGCAAAUGACAAAGAGCUGUCCGGAGCCGAUCCAAACAAGAUGGGCCACAACAUCUCCACAGGUGUUAUUGAAUUCAUCAUGGACCAUUUCACCACGGAGAAUGAAGGCACAUAUACCUGCCAGAUUAGGGAUGGAGGAGGCAAAGCCCAGAGCACCCUGGUUCUGAUUGGAGACACUUUCAAGGCAGCACUGGCCGAGGCCGACUACCAGAGGAGAGAGUACAUCCGUGUCAAGGAGGGCCCUCACUUCAGCGAGUUCCUGUCACUACAGAUUGGAGACGACUGCUCCGUCACUUUGGUCUGCAAGGUUGCUAAUUUGAAGAAGGAGUCAGAGUUCCACUGGUACAGAGAGGAUAAAGAGAUCAUCCCUGACGUGAAGCCUGACCUUGGAGCAGGAGUCUGCAAACUGCCAAUUAAACUGUUUUCACUGAAGACUGCAGGCAUCUAUAAGGCCACCAUCAGUGAUGACAGAGGAACAGACAUGAGCCAGAUUGAUAUCUCUGGAAAAGUUUUUGACGACGCCAUAAAUAAGAUCAGCCAACUCGCUGGCGCCAGUGCAGGAGAGCUGGUGAUUAGCUGCACUGCAACAGGCAUUCAGCUUCAGUGCCACAUGAAGUACUACACUGCAGAGAUGGACAUCGUUUGGUUUAAAGGUGCGAGUAAACUCUGCCACAGUGACAAGCAUGUGAUUGGAGGAACCCCUGCUAUGGCAACAAUGGAGAUUAUUGAGCCUGAGGAGAAGGACAAAGGGAUGUAUUCAGUGGUCAUCACCAACUCCGAAAAUUCACACAAACGCAGCCUUGAGCUCAGCGGUGAAGCAUAUGAAAAGGCCUAUGCUGAGUUCCAGAAACUCAAGGCUGAAGCCUAUGCAGAGAAGAAUCGUGGUCAGGUGGUGGGAGGACUGCCUGAUUGUGUCACCAUUAUGGAAAAGAAGACCCUGAGUUUAACUUGCACAGUGUGUGGAGACCCCAAACCACAUGUGUCAUGGAUGAGGAACGGAGUGGAGGUUGAACCCGAUGAGAAGUUUGUGGUCUCCAUGGACCAGGGUAGGUUUGCCAGCCUGACCAUCAAAGGUGUAGUCAUGGAGGAUUCUGGCAGAUACAGCAUGAUUAUCCAGAACAAAUAUGGAGGAGAGUCUGUGGAUAUACUGGUGAGUGUCUACCGUCAUGGAGAGAAAAUCCCGGAUGCCAAACCACUGAUGGCUCCUAAAACCAUCAUCCCUCCCAAACUUCCCAUCGAGAUGCCUCAGACUAAAACCCAGCCUGCCCCAAGCCCCGCCCCAGCUGCUCAAAGCCCCACCCCUUCUAGGGCAGCUGCUGGAAAGGCAGCCAAGAGCCCAACUCCUUCCAGGAGGAAGUGAAAAUAAUACGCAAAAUCAACAACAACAAAAAACCUAGACCACACAGAGUUUUACUGGUGCUGUCCACUCGGGGAAAAAAAUCAACAUAAAUGAAAUCAUCCCACUGUGAAAUUGAUACAAUAGAGUCAAAAGAUAUUUAAAACUGCAACAAUGUGCAAAAUACUUAGUAGUGGGACUAUUAUACGUGAAAUGAAAUUUAAAUAAAGCAAGGUUUUCACA